AUGCAUAUAAAUUUUCAACCAGUUGUUGGCAGUAUGAUUUUAGUGAAGAAAAGGAUGAUGAUGGAGGUGUACAUGAUUCCUCAAAGUUGGAGGGAACUUUGGCAGGAAUGGGAGCUACGAGGAAUGAUCCUACUCAGCGUCACUAUCCAAAUAGUUCUUGUCAUUCUGGGCAAUCGCAGAAAGUAUAUUGCUGGAAUCUGGAUAAGAUUUGUGGUUUGGUCAACCUACUUACUCGGUGACUCCAUAGCUGCAAUGGCGGCUGGCAUGCUCUCAAAUAAUAUAGGAGAAACCUACAAGGAUGGUCUUCUUGAUGCAAAGUAUGAACUAACAGCAUUUUGGGCACCCCUUAUGCUGUUGCACUUAGGUGGUACCGAUGCCAUUACUGCUUACUCAUUGGAAGACAAUGAGUUAUGGAAAAGGCACUUGUUUGGAGUAGCCACUCAAGCAAUGGCGACAUUUUACAUCUUGUUUAUGGCCUGGACAGGCUCUCGUAUGUCCUACCUCUUUAUUGUGAUGUUCUCUGUUGGGCUUGUCAAGUAUUGUGAAAGAGUGUGGGUUUUAUACUCGGCAAGUGAAAACACAUUUAGAGACUCCAUUCCGGAUAUCACCACUAAUGAAAUCAAAAUAAUGGAGGAAUGCAAACUGAAGGAGCUAGAGGGAUACCAUAAGGUACUUGAGGUUCAAGUGCUUGAGGUUCAUGAACGGGAUUUUUCAACCGAUACUUCAUCAAUUAUAUCAUCCGCUCCUCACGCAAAAGAAUUACUCAUUGCUUGUAGUUUACUUGAGAUGGUUAAGCGUCUCUUUGCAGAUCUCAUACUUGGCUUGCAGGAACGGGAUGUAAGCAGGGCAAUCUUCGACAACAAUGAUAUGAAUAAGGAAAAGGCUUUUGAGGUAAUUGAGAUUGAACUCAAGCUUAUAUUCGAUUUGCUUUACACCAAGGCAAAGGCAGUCUACACAUUUUGGGGCAUUGCUCGACGAAUCAUUGGAAUCCUUCUCACCUUGAUUGUAUUUGUGGUUAUUUUGUUGGAUGAGAUGGUGAUUCCAAAGAAAAAACACCACAACUACUCCAAGAUUGAUUUUACCAUAACUUUGGUUUUGUUGGCAGUCGCUGUUCUUGUGGAUUUAUGGGCAAUUGUGGAACUACUUUUUGCCGACCAAACCAUUCUUUGGUUAAUUAAGAACAAGAAAACCACCCUCCUAAGAGCCAUCAACAGUAUUUUACAACUUGGUUGGCUCAAAAGACAAUCCAAAACAUACAGGUGGUCUAACUCUAUUGGUCAAAUCAGUCUGUUAAGAUCUGCCUUACAAAAGCCCCUGCCCUGCCUUCCAAUCCUGAAGCUAUUAUGCGUUGACGAAAUACUAGAGAUAUACCAAAAUGAAACUCGUGAAGGAAUCUUGGAAGCCAAUUUAAAAGGUCUAAUUUUUGUUGAGUGCAGACAUUGGCUAAAACUUAGAGGCAAUGAAAUAACUCCUGAAGAAUUUCAUGGCUUAAGGGGAGGUCGCACCCUUAAAAACUUUGGCCGAAAUGAUAUUGAUUGGAGUGUGAAGUUGGAGAUGGACCUUAGCAUCCUUGUCUGGCACCUUGCUACUGAUAUUUGUUGUCAUGAAGAUAGACACACAAGGCCGGAGUAUCAUAAAAUGUGCACGUCCCUGUCAAGAUAUAUGCUUUAUCUUCUAGUCAAGCAUCCUUACAUGUUACCGAUUGGGUCAGCACACAUCAAGUUUCGGGACAUUUAUCUGGGACUUAGGGAAUUCAUGGAAGAACAGCUUUCCAAACCAGUUAAGCAAGAGGAAGCUUUGGAUAUGUUAAAAAAUAUGACAGCCAAGGACUUGCUUACUGUCAACGAUGGGGACAAAAGUACUUUGGUGAUAUUCUAUGCGUGUAAGCUUAAGUCUGCAUUAAAUACAAAGGAAAAUGAGACAUGGGAAAUAAUUAAGAAAGUUUGGCUGGAAAUGAUGUGCCAUGUUGCUAGCUAUUGUAGCAGAAAAUACCAUGCUCAGCAGCUGAGACGAGGAGGGGAAUUUGUCACACAUGUUUGGCUUCUUAUGGCACAUUUUGGCUUAACGGAUCAAUUCCAGACACGACGUAAUCCUACAAUAGGUGAGGUGGUUCUAUGGUAG